ACCACACCGUAGCACUCCACGAAGGACACGGCUCGACGGGACUUACAUUCUCAGUUGGAGUACGAAUUGAUUCUCCCCACUGUCUUUAGUCGCUUCUUCGCCCCCGCUUCCCCCCCAGCUGCCAUGUCAAAGACAACCAAAAUGACGCUGGAAGAACAGCAGAGGUUGGACAACUCUAUCACCAUCAUCAAGAACGAGAUCUACCAGAUGCGCAAAUGUCUUGAGUCCAAACACAAGUUUAUGGACUCUUUGAAGCAUGCCUCCAACUUCUUGAACGAAUUGAGGACAAGCAGCUUGAACCCAAAACAGUACUACGAGCUGUACAUCCUAAUCUAUGAUGGCUUGAACUAUUUAUCAAACUACCUCAAAGAUAACAAUAAAGAGUCUAACAACAACUACUUAAUUGACUUGUACGAGUUAGUGCAGUAUGCGGGGAAUAUCAUUCCAAGACUGUACUUGAUGAUCACUGUCGGUAGUGUCUAUAUGGGUCUUGAAGACGCUCCAAUCAAUGAGAUAUUGAACGACAUGUUGGAGAUGUGUAAAGGUGUUCAAAACCCAAUCCGUGGCCUUUUUUUACGCUAUUACUUGAUCCAAAAGACGAAGAGCUUUUUGAUUAACUUCGAAAACUCAAGCAACUUAGAUAAAGUCAUCAAUUUUAUUGUGGCGAAUUUCAUCGAGAUGAAUAAGCUAUGGGUCAGAUUGCAACACCAAGGCCAUUCUAGUGAAAGAGCCAGGAGGGUUGAGGAAAGAAAUGAGUUGAAAAUUCUUGUAGGGUCCAACUUAGUCAUGCUAAGCCAAUUGGAAAUGGUCUCCAAAGAGCUAUACAACGAAAAAAUCUUGCCUGAAAUCUUACAACAGAUUAUCAGAUGUAAAGAUACAAUUGCUCAAAACUAUCUACUGGACGUCAUCAUCCAGAUUUUCCCAGACAAUUUUCAGGUAUACAGCUUGCAAACCUUUUGUAAGGCUUUACUGCUGGUCAAUGAAGACGUAAGCAUCACAGACUUACUCAACUCUUUAAUCGAAAGGUUGAUCGAUUACAGGAAGAGAAACAGCACAGAGUCAUUGGGCGAUUUUUCUUUCUUGAAGACUUUCGUUGAGUUUAUUGAGAAUUUGAACCAGAACGACCCUGAGUUUAAUAUCAAGAAUUACUGCACCAUUUUAAACGGAAUUUUGAAACUAUCUUUGAUAUAUAGCAAGGAAGACGAUGAAGUGUUGGACAAUUUGAAUCUAAUAUACAAAUUAUCGAUUGAUAAGUUCAAUUUGAUCAAAGAUUCUUCCGAAGAAAUUGAUGAUUUUAGGAUCAUCUUGAAAUCGAUUGAAAAUUUCGAAGAUUUCAACAAUUUCUUCAAAAUUAAUGAUGAUAACUAUUUCAAGUUGUUCAACUUGCAGAGCCUUUCCAUUAAAAAGGAAAUUGGCACCUUAAUUUUGAACAACUUGAUUGACAACGAUAUCCGAAUCGACAAUUUGGAAAGUUUGCAAAUGGUUUUCAAAUAUCUGAACGAAUCGAUCCUAGUCAAGGAAGAUAAACAUCAGGUGAGCGAAACCAAGAGAGACCUCUUUGGCGAUAGUUCCACAGAUAAUAGUGCCAGCAAUGAACUGAUCGAAUUGGACAUAUAUCAUGAGUUCUUAAACAAAUUCUUACACUUAGUUUACAACAAGGAUUAUAAAGUGCAAUAUGCAUUACUAAACGAGUGUGAGGUUCACUUAUCGAAGGGAAACUAUUACAGGACAUACCCAACCUUGAUUUCGAUUUUAAUCAGAUUGAUCAGAAAGAGGAAUUUUGAGAAGGCUGAUAAGAAAGAACUAGUGAACAUGUUUAAUAGGAUUUCAAAACUGAUCAACAUGAUCAAAGACAAAAUGCCAAUCAAGGCCCUAAACUUGAAUUUGAACUGUGCGCAAAUUUCAAACGAGUGUCUCCUGAAUAACAUCAGUUAUGAGUUUUUUAUUGAAUCUUUCAUAAUAUACGAAGAGAUGAUAAUCGAGUCGAAAAUCCAAAUCCAGUGUUUGAUGAACAUAAUCAACAAACUCAUUUCGUUGGACCAGAUGAUCAUACUUGAUGUCGAAGAUUUCAACAAAUUGAUUACGAAGGCCACUCUUUAUGGUAGUAGACUUUUAAAAAAAACGGAUCAAUGCCGUGCAAUUUACAACUCAUCCCAUUUAUGGUGGAUCAAUAAGGAGGAGGAUGCGAUCGCAGAGGGAGAUGAUGACGAGGAAAAGGAAGAUAGCGCAGAACCAGAAGAAACCGGUGAGUCGCAUCUACAAGAAAACGCCAACCAAAUUUCGUUGAAGAAAGACGACAAACGAGUGUUGGAGUGCUUGCAAAAGUCGCUACGGAUCGCCGAUUCGAUCAUGGACAACAACGUGAGUGUCGAGCUUUUCAUUGAAAUUCUCAACCAGUCUAUCUACUAUUUCAUCCACGGCAACGAGAUGAUCAACGUGCGGUACUUGAACGGCUUGAUUGAGUUGAUUGGCAACAACUUCAAGGAGAUCGGCCAAACUAACGGCCAGAUCGAAGGCCCAUAUCUCUCCACGUGGAAGCACUACCAGCGAACGCUGAAGUACAUCAAGGAGCAGCGGGUGGUGGAUGCGAGAUUUCACGAAAUAGCGAUAUAGAACAUGUGUGUAGGCCGACUAUCUCUAUCUGUACAACCCAAUCAGAAGAAACCCUCAACAUAGCGAGGCGGAAAAGAAUUAGCGAGAAAAAAAUGCUGGCUGGGAAAAUUUUUUAUCGCUCUGUGUAUAAAAGAAAGGCCGUUCCUCUUCUUGAGAUGUCGUGAGUCGAAAGGGUC